CAAGAGCAGAGUAAAGCACCAUUGCAGAUGAAAAGCUAGAUGGAGCUGUGGGCUGCAUCGUCCCCUUUCUGCCUCUUCUCCUAGCUAUGCUGACUUGUCGGCCCCCAGUUCCUCUCCAGGCUGAAGGCAGGCAGAAAGUGAAGAAACAAAGGGGCAAGUGCCUUGGGAGGCUUCCUGCAUUCCUCCUCUUCCCCUGCCCACCAGAAGAUGGGGAAGAGCUGCAAAGUGGUUGUAUGUGGGCAAACAUCAGUCGGGAAGACCUCUAUCCUGGAGCAGCUGCUCUAUGGGAAUCACGUGGUCGGUUCGGAGAUGAUCGAAACUCAAGAGGACAUUUAUGUGGGCUCCAUAGAGACCGACCGGGGGAUUCGGGAGCAGGUGCGCUUCUAUGACACCCGAGGCUUUAGGGAUGGGAUGGAGCUGCCCAAGCAUUGCUUCUCCUGCACUGAUGGAUAUGUGCUGGUUUACAGUAUUGACAGCAAGGAGUCCUUCAAGAGGGUGGAGAUUCUGAAGAAGGAGAUAGACAAGAGCAAGGAUAAGAAGGAGGUCACCAUUGUGGUCUUAGGCAACAAAUGUGACUUGCAGGAGCAGAGGCGUGUGGACCACGAUGCAGCGCAGCACUGGGCCAAGGCUGAGAAAGUGAAGCUGUGGGAAGCCUCAGUCGCUGACCGCCGGACCCUCAUCGAGCCCUUUGUCUACCUAGCCAGCAAGAUGACACAGCCACAGAGCAAGUCCGCCUUUCCGCUCAGCCGCAAGAACAAAAGCAGUGGUUCUGUGGAUGGGUGAAAUCCUCAGGGACUAGGCCCACUGUCUCUUGUGGACAUGCAUGUGCGUAGGGCUGGCCUUACCUUGAUGCAAAGGAAACUUCCAGCAGCAGAUUCCAAUGAGUUGUCAUUUUCCCCCCUUUGGCUUCUAUCUCUUUGUUUUGCAUUGUUUUGUUUCAAAAAAGGAGACAGCUCCAAGUACAGAGCAGUGGAAGUCACUAUUGACUCUUUACUUGUAAUGGAAAAAAAAGUCUAAAGCAGACACUACAUCCCUGAGUCAAGUGCCAGUAGGAGUCAAGGUGUGUUGCAAUUAAAAAUAGCGGCCACAUUACAAUCAUGGGGGAAUUAACCUUUUGGGGGCCACUCUUUAAUUAUAACUUUCCAAGCAGCCUUGAUUUUAGCCCUGGAAGUCCAUGUUAAGGGUGCCCCAUUUUGCUUUUGAUUUGGGCCCUGAAGAUCAGCAUGGCAGACAGGAGAGUUGUUGCGGGGUAGAGAUGCUCCUGGUUCAGUUUGCCUUCCCUUCCUUCUCUUCUCCCUACUGUGGGAGAAGGAUGAAUGCUUUCAGGUGUAGCUGCAGGGCCAUGGGGGAAAGAGGACAAUGGAAUGCAUCACUCAAUAUGAGAGCACUCCUGGCCAAGCUAAUCCAUGUUCUAAGUCUCUGGGAUGGCAGCAGGAGCCAUCUGUAGAAAGGCUUUAGGAGCUGGCUGUUUGUUUCUUAAGAGGAGAAGGCUGAAGAAUUGUAGAUGGGAGAGGACCAAACACCAACAAGACAAAAGGAUGGGGAGAAAUGUUAUCCUAAGAAUGGGAAUGAAAAGUUUGGGGGCAGGCGAUUUCUGUUAAAUGAUCAUAUAAACUACCCCAAGGCAUGGGAUUGAUUUGAUUUUGAUUGUCUCAUGAACGACCUUUCCAAACAUUGUGAUCUGGUUAAUGCAUAUUUACAAACUGUUAUCAGCAACUUCUUGGACAACUGGCCUCAAUUUAAGCUGUAACCCUAUGCAUAUUUAUCUGGGAGUAAACUCCAUUGAGUACUGUGGGAAUGACUUUCAAGGAAACACGUUUCUGCUUAUGGCUUAGUAGCUUUUGAAAUCCUUUUGUUAGUAAUGUAGGAACCAUUCAAAUGCCAAUUAACCAUGGAUUCAACAUUGCUCUGCAAGGGUGUAUUGAGUAAAUGACCAAGCACAGAAGGGGCGCAAGUCAGGAGUUUGGCCUCCAUAUAUAUUUUAAUUUCCAUAACAUCAGUGUGGGGAAAAAAAUCUUGUUAGAGAAUUUACCCCCUCUCUUCCCCCCCACCCAAACGUAGUAUUAGAGAGGAUGGGCUGGGGAGAUAGUUUAAACUGAAAAAUGGUCAGAAUAUUGGCAGCUAUAACCUGUGUUGCCAGAGCUAUCAUAAUUUUGAAAGAGAAUAAUCAUGUUUGAUUUUAGGAAAACUAAAAAAUAUUUUAAUUGCAUUCUUCUAAAAUCUUCUGGAACAUUGCUACUUUUGCAUAAGAGCUUUGUAACAAGAGGUACAGAAGAGAAAGCCCUCAAAACCCACCAACAUUGCUUCCGUUUCUGAAAGGAGAGGUGCCAGCAACAUUCAGGUCUGAAUAGUGAUCAACCCUCUGCUACAGAAGUCCUGAUUCCCGAUCUGUGGAAACUAUCUGUGAUUGUUCAGUGGGGAAGGAGAGGUAGUUGGUGCAUCCCCAGAGGUGCUCUCUUAAUUACUGCCUCUUCUUAGGGCUGUAAGUUUUAUAGCAUUUUUAUUGGUAUUUUUAUUGGUAGAGCAAUCAAUGAAAGAUGAUUAAUUGGUUUGGGGUGAGAAUGAAGGGUGCAUUAGUUGUCCAGAGAUCCCUAGUUAUCAUACAGGUAAUAAAUACAUUUAGUAUUAAGAGCCCUUUUAGUUCUGGUGUGUAAAAUUAUUCCAGGGAAUGCCAAAAACACGAUUGUAACUUUUAUUAAUAAAGUUUUAAGUGCUUGCACUUUCUUUAGCAAGCUAAAGACUGGUAUCUUACACUGAGGUUUGAGUAAGCUGCAUGUUUAGCUGGCAACAUGCACAUCUAUUUAAACCAACUGGUUUUGCAAACUGUAAUUGGCUAAAUAAAUCUGUA